AGGGGCACUCUUGGAGUUACUCUUGGAUCCCUUGAACAACAGGGUUUGGCCCAGGAGGGCAAUUUGUGCUGCUUUGUGGCAGAGGAGAACUUCCCAGGCUAUUUUGUGUUUGCUGUGGGGAAGGUUGGUUAUUGCUUUGCAUAAAGUCACAGACCAGCAUGGAGCGUUUGCUUUGUGAUGUCAGGGCAUGGUUGCCACGUCACAGUGGUGACAUGAGAAGGUUGCCUUGGUGCACGGAAGGCCUCAGUGUCAGAGCAGUCCUAGGGCUUGCUCAGAGCAGGAGUACCCUGCGCCUUGAGGCAUUUGUCAGUGGGCAGCUGCACACUGACAGGAGCCUUGUUUGUUCUAGUGUUGGAGCACAGUGUGCAAACUUGCACAGCAGUGCUGCAAUGAUUCAGCAGCUUGCUGCUGCAGUGGUUACUGUUUGUGGCGUUACUUAUUCCGGCUAUUUUCUGACUCACCUGGCACGUCACAUAAAACAUGUAUUCAGCGGAGCUGAUCCUGAGGUGACAAAUGCAACAGCCGUCUCUCCCCUGGCUCCCUCUGCUCCUGGAGAAGAAGCCAAAGAGGAGCAAAGGGAGCAAGAUGACCACGAGACUCCAGCUGUGGUCACAGCCCAGCCUGAUCAUCCCAAGAGACUUUUUGCCUUCUGAUAAGCUGCAAGGAGAUGAGUGUGCUGCCCGUGUAGCAGUGGGGGGCCAUUCCUGUCCCCUGUGGCCAAGGAAAGGAGGCGCGUAGUUGUGAAGCCUUCUCAUGAGGCAAAAGGCAGAAGCGGUCCUUGUAGAGAAAAAGCAGGAGCAGACUGCUUUAUCAGAGAUGCCAUGCCAGGCUCAGGGAGAGCUGUUCCCAGCCCGAGAGCAGGAAGAGCAGCUCAGGCAGCAGGUGGAAGAGCCACAGCAGAAUGGCCAGAACAUCAAGUCAGAGCCCCAGGCAGAGCUGCCCGAAGCUCAGAGUGCCAUCAUGGCAGUGAAGAGGAGGAACAAAGAUGAGAUGAGAAGAAUUCAAGAGGAGAUGAAUCGCCAUCAGCACAGGAGCGAUCAACAAAACCAGGUAAGUGGAAGAGUGGCAGCCACUCCACUCAUGAAACUUCCCAUGCAUUGUUGUUUACAGACCAUCAAGGAAGAUGUGGAGGCAGAGCUGCAGCAAUCUGAGGACAGGAACAAGGCAAGGGAGAAGAGGCUGGAGGAAGAAAUUAAAAUCAUCAGAGAGAAACUUAACUGCCUCCCUCAGGCUCUACAAAAUGAAGUGCAAGUGUCGACAUCUCACCUGGCAGCCUGCAAAGACUUCCAGCAAACAAUGGGCAAUGAAGGGCCCCAAGGUUGGUGUGAGGCACAGGAACUGUCCCCACCAGAAGUGCGACAGGUUCAGCACACCAUGGGCUCUGGCGUUAAACCUGCUGCUGCAGCAGCAUUACCUGGAGGAAGAUAUACUGUUGAAUCUUGGAAGUCAAGCUCAGACAGUUCGUUCAUCACCAGUUCUGACAGCAACAUGGCUGCUCCAAAAUGGAAGAUUGAGGAGAAAUAUCUGGAGAUACUGGGGAGAAUGGUGACCAUGGAAAAUCCCACAAUGAAAUACACGGAACUGGAACACAUUGGCAGCGGGUCUUUUGGAGAUGUGGUUAGAGCGCUCGACAAUGACACAUGGGGAGAGGUGGCUAUAAAGAAAAUAAAGCUUCAAGGACUGAAAAGGAAGCAGCUAACCCUUAAUGAAAUCAUGAUCAUGAAGAGGCAUAGGAGUCCCAGUGUUGUGAAUUAUUUAGACAGCUACCUUCUGGGUGAGGAACUCUGGCUGGUUAUGGAGUACAUGGACGGAGGCACCCUGAGCGAUGUCAUCAGCAAGAGCUACCUGUCUGAAGAGGAGAUGGCAGCCAUCAGUCGGGAGUGCCUGCAAGGACUGGAUUUUCUUCACUCCAACCACGUGAUCCACCGAGAUGUGAAGAGCAGCAACAUCCUCCUCAGAACCGACGGAUCUGUCAAGCUGGCCGAUUUUGGCCUCUCUACUCAACUCACUCCUGAGAAGAAUAUACGGAGCUCGUUAGCAGGGACUGCUUGGUGGAUGGCACCUGAAGUGGUGACGUGUCAACCAUAUGGCCCCAAAGUGGACAUAUGGUCUUUUGGAAUUGUGGGAAUUGAAAUGGUGGAACAAGAACCUCCUUACUGGAACCAGAGUCCUGCCUCGGCUAAAUUCAUGAUAGCCUCAAUAGGGACCCCACAGCUGCUGCAUCCCAAGCUCCUCUCGGCUUGGCUGCGUGACUUCCUGAGCUGCUGCCUGCAGGCAGACGAGGAGCGGCGCUGGUCUGCCAAGGAGCUCCUGCAGCAUCCAUUUAUAACAUCUGCUGAGCCUGCAUCCAGCCUGGUGCCACUGCUUGUUGCAGUGAGGAAGAGGAAGGAGACAAGACAGCACCACUUAGUUAUCAACCACCUUAGAGCAGGAUUGUAGGUUAGGAUAAGGGUAAAGUUUAGGGUUAGGCUUAGGCUUAGGCUUAGGCUUAGACUUAGGUUUAGGCUUAGAUUUAGGCUUAGUUUAGGCUUAGGUUUAGGCUUAGAUUUAGGCUUAGUUUAGGCUUAGGUUUAGGCUUAGUUAGGCUUAGGUUUAGGCUUAGGCUUAGGUUUAGGCUUAGAUUUAGGCUUAGAUUUAGGUGUAAGUUUAGGCUUAGGUUUAGGUUUAGGCUUAGGCUUAGGGUUAGGCUUAGGACUAGGUUUAGUCCUGCGGUUACGGUUAGAGUUACUGUUAUGAUUAGGUUUAGGUUUAGGUUUAGUGUUAGGGUUACAACUAGUCUUAAGGGGUUAGGGUUAGGGUAUGAUUUUGUAACAGGUGUGUGGAGUAGGAUUUGAAGUUAAUAAAAUAUUUCAAACCAAAA